AUGGCUAAAUUAGUUCAUGAUAUUCAGAAAAAACAGCAUCGAGAAAGAUCUCAACUAAAUGAGAGAAAGAGACUCGGUCUCUUAGAAAAACAUAAGGACUAUCAAAAGAGAAGUCAGGAUUAUCAUAAAAAACAAACAACUCUAAAAUAUUUGAAGGCAAAGGCAAAACAACGUAAUCCUGAUGAAUACUACCAUGCCAUGAUUAAAGCCCGUUUGGGAAAUGAUGGUCUAUUAAUUAAGUCUAGACAUUCAAAUGAUCAAUCAUCGAGCCUAACCAAUGAUCAAGUCAAGUUAUUAAAAACGCAAGACGUUAAUUAUAUUAGAACUUUAAGAUUAAAUGAAGUUGCAAAGAUAAAUAAGUUGAAAGACCAAUUGAAAUUCGAAUCAAAGGGGAAUCAUAAAGUCUUUGUGGAUUCUAAGGAAAAAUUAGACUCAUUUGAUCCAUUGAAAUUUUUUAAUACAACAAAAGAUUUAUUAGAUAGAAAAGAAAAUAGAUUGUCCCUUGAUCAGUUAUCUUCAUUAGAUUCACAAGAAAUAAUACGAGAUCCUUUAUUGGAUUUAAAGAAAAAACAAAGAAAAUCUUUAAAAUUAGCUAAUAAUAUCAAAAGACACAUCGAAAGAUCUAAUGAACUUUUAUCAUUAGAAAAUAAAAUGAAUUAUAAUAAUGAAUUAUUAAAGAACGGUCCAAGAAAAAAAAUUGUUAAGGAUGGUAUAAGAACUUUCAAAUGGAAAAAACAACGUAAGCGUUGA